CGAACCAGGAAUGAUCAAAUUACAACAAAGUAGGAACGGACAAUUUAUGUGAGAGGUUCGUUGAGAAAAAUAAAAUACAAAGUUUGCGUCACAAGAGCUGGGCGGGCCGCCACCUGUGACGGCAGAUGAGCGGAGCAGUCCGGCUGUCAGUGCUGUGUGAGAGUGUUCGAGAGUGGGGUUCUGCGGCUAAAGUCCACCUGGAUUAUUUUGAGCUCAGUGUCUUUCUCGUCGAAGAAUUUGAACAAGAUUCAGGUUCCUUUGGUCCUGUCUACAGCACCGGGAGAGAGGGUUGCCAGUACCAGCGUGUGUGUGUGUGUGUGUGUGUGUGUGUGUGUGUGUGUGUGUGUGUGUGUGUGAGUGAGUGAGAGUGUGAGUCGUAGGUUGAACAUGUUUGUGUGAGUGCAUUUGAAUACCGUGGUCGGAAAGUGUGUGUCCCAUGAGACGCUCGGCGGAGAUGCAGGGAGCUGGAUCCUCUGCGGUGCGACUCCUGCUGCUGAGCUGCUGUGUGUGUGCCGCAGCUGGGUACCCGUUCAGAACGCCUCUGGACCUGGAUGUGACUCCACGCGUCACCGUGUUGAGCAGCGGUCUCCAGGGCUGCAGGCGUUUCCAGUCCUCUGCAGCCAACUACAGCACCAUGUUGCUGGAGGCUGACAGUGAGCGUCUCUACUUCGGGGCCCGAGGGGCUGUAAUUGCUCUGAAUGCCUCUGACAUUUCAGCCAGCUCUGCUCUCACUAUUGAGUGGGAAGCCUCCCCCGAACAAAAACGUCAGUGUCUGCUCAAGGGAAAAGACAAUAAGACGGAGUGUUUUAAUCACAUCCGCUUCCUCCAGAGGUUCAACUCCACUCAUCUCUACAUGUGUGGGACGAAUGCCUUCAGACCCCUCUGUGCAUACAUUGAUGAGGAGAGGUUUGUGAUGUCAUCUCAGCCUGAGGAAGGCAGAGACAAAUGUCCUUACGGCCCGACAACGGGCUACACUGCUCUCAUCAUUGACCAGCAGAUGUAUACAGCCUCCCAGUACGAGUUUAGGAGCUUUCCAGAUAUACGCCGCAACUCUCCGUCCCCCACACUGAAGACAGAGGACGCCCCCACACGCUGGCUUAAUGAGGCAGACUUUGUGGGCUCGGCGCUGGUGAGGGAGAGUGUGAGCAGCAGCACGGGUGAUGAUGAUAAGAUCUACUACUUCUUCACAGAGAAGAGCCAGGAGCAGACAACGACCUACAGCCACAGCAGGGUGGCACGAGUGGCUCGCGUUUGUAAGGGGGACCGGGGAGGCCGUUUAACUCUCCAGAAACGGUGGACUUCCUUCCUCAAAGCCAGGCUGACUUGUUCUCUGCCAGAGUACGACUUCCACUUCAACAUGCUGCGCAGCGUGUUUGUGAUGCCUGGCCGCACGCCGCAGGACACGCUUUUCUACGGCAUCUUCGGCCUGGAGUGGAAAAACGUGAAGGCAUCUGCGGUGUGUCGGUUUUCUCUGACUGAAGUCCAAGAGGCCUUCCAAGGACCUUACAUGGAGAACCAGGACUCUGGCUCUAAGUGGAAGGAAUACACUGGAAAGAUCCCUGACCCGCGACCUGGAUCGUGUAUAACUGAUUCUCUGAGGGCCAGGGACAUAAACAUCUCCACCUCCUUGCCUGAUGAUGUGCUAAACUUCGUCAGGAGGCAUCCUCUGAUGUCCCAGCAGGUCCAGCCUACAGACAAACGGCCUCUUUUGUUCAGACGGACCACAGACUACACACACAUGGCCGUACACACGAUCCAAGGCUUAGAUGGACUUACAUACCACAUAUUGUACAUGGGCACAGAUGAAGGCUGGUUACAUAAAGCUGUAGAAAUCGAGGGUCAGCUUCACAUUAUAGAGGAGUUUCAAAUAUUUGAAGAACCUCAACCUGUGAACAACUUGCUGCUCUCUGAAAAACAGAUGAGUGUUUAUGUGGGCUCUCCGUCCGGCGUGGUACAGCUUCCUCUCUCUAACUGUCAGAGAUACACCUCCUGCUACGACUGCAUCUUUGCCAGGGACCCUCACUGUGCCUGGAACGGAGCCCAUUGUGUGGACGUAAUGGCACAAACAAACAGAUCAACUUUAAUCCAGGACAUCCAGCAGGGUAGCAGAGGAUGUGAAAACACACAAGAGGACGUUAUGGUGCGCAGCCGCUCUGUGCGUGUGGGGGAUGACGUGCUGCUGCAGUGUGAGCUCAGCUCCAACCUGGCGACACCGGUCUGGACUCUGGACGGCAGCGAGCUGCAGGGCUAUGGCCUCCACUCUGGUUUCAGAACCGGCACCGACGGCCUGCUGAUCAUCGAGGCCCGGCAGGACCAGAGCGGGCUCUACACCUGCUACGCCGUCGAGAACAAAAUCAAGGUCGCUCUAGUUGCCUACAAUGUCACCAUCCGCCCGGACCUGCCCCCUCCUCCACCUGUUGCACCAACUCAAGACACUUACAGUUUGUUCGCCACCCUGCCCGAACCCACUGAGCAUCCCUCCUCAGAGAGAACCCUCCCACCCAACCCGGCCCCUCUCCUCCCCCACUCAGAUCUGCUCUCCCCCCGCAACAUGGAGGCCAUGUAUCUGUCCCUCAUCACCAUCCUCGGAGGCCUGUGUGUGGUCCUCACCGUGGUCCUUGUCUACGUUGGCUUCUGCCUUCGCGUGGGCAACAGAGGGAAGUACUCACUACGAGCCGCAGCUUCUGCCUACCCCAACAAUAAGAGGCAGAACAGGAACAGGAAACAGCACAGAAACUCCGCCCACAUGGAGCUGAAGACCAUCUCAAGCCACUGUAAUGGCAACGGUAUUUGUAAUGGCGGUUCAAAGCAGCACAACGGUGAGAUCCAGGAUGGUGGCUUCCUCCAGAUCGUCCCCGGUGAGGCCCAUUUAACACCCAAUAAGGAGCCUCCUCCCCCGGCCCCUCCUCUCCCACCAACCCCACAACAUUCCUCUCCGGAGUGUGUCUUCCCCAACGGGCUGUCGGCCACGCUGCCCAGCGUCCUGAGGAGGAUGAAUGGAAACAACUACGUGCUGCUGAGGCAGAGCGAGUCCGAAAACACAUCGCCGCUCUGCUACUCCUUUGCUGAGGAGCUCAACAGGAUGUUAGAGAAGAGGAAACACACGCAGCUGACGCCCAGGCCGGACGAGAGCUCUGUGUAGAGAGAUGUAGCUCCCCCUGUGGUGGGAGAACUGCUGUGUUCUUACCUGGUGCUGAAGUGCCUGUCAUUUGACUCAUUAUUGUAGAGGACUAACGCAAUGCGAGAGUCAUAACUAAAUUCUUUAGUUUGGAUUUUUGUUGUCCAAAAAGAGACGCUUUUUCUUUUCGAAUCUUUGAGCUACUUGCCAACCUUGAUUCCCAAAUUUCCCAAUGCAUAACAAGUAAGAAUGAGAAAUGACAUUGAAGGACUGAGCAUGAGAAAAAAGUACAAUCUACCUCACCUCAAUACUGCCCAUGUGGACCUCUGCAGUUAGUAAUCAGACCCGCAAAGCACAAAGACGCACAAGGCACACCUACUCCACCGAGGAGCGGAGCCCCAAGGGAACAUAAAUACAUGUGAAGACUUCUGCUGGUGGCCAUAUUUGGCUCGUUUCAAACUAGAGGGCAGCUAGCCAAAGUUUGUUUGCUCUGACAAGUGCACAGAUGGCCUAUUCAUUUUUAAAACAUGACAUUCACACGUUAUAAAUAUUGAGGGAGAUGGAUGUGGUGCGCAAGGGAAUAUGGUUUGCAAUUGUUUCACUUCAAUACUAACGUAAUUACUUGCAAUAACCGUUACAAAAUAAUAUACAGUAACUCAUGAUAGCACAUAACACUUAACACCAGGCAUUAUUAAGAAAUGGUGAAUUAAUCAUUAUUUAAUAUGACUAUUAACCAUAAUUUUGAAUUAAGCAUUCAACCAAUAUGAAUGUAUCAUUAUUGAAAUAAUGUCACUUUUUUAAUUAUAAAUACAUAACAAUAUUAGGAAAUAUAACAGUCAAUAAUUGGUGAUUAAAUUCAUUUUUUGCAACUAUUAACAAUUUCUUGGUAGAAUAUUUACAAACAAAAAUAAGUAUAACUGUAGUUUAAAGCUGCAGCUGAGGCUCACAAUCCAUCAUACAGGGAUAUAAAUGGUUAAGCCUCACAAUGUUUAUUCAACCUUUAGAUGAUUGAAGAAAUAUUAAGUAGUGAUUAUUUCACCAAGGGGUCGUCGACAUCCUGAAGAACUAAGACAGUAUUAUUGAUUUAAAUGCACUUUAAAUAUCAGUUUUAAAGUGCUUUGACAAAGGUAUGCACGCUAUUAUGGAAUUUGAGUCUGCAACAUGUCGAGAACCAGCAGGACGGAGGAGCUCAUUGAUUGAUUUAUGAAGAACUGCAGCAGUGAAGGCCACAGCUCUGCGUGCUGGACCCCGUUUGACACGAGUGGAUUAGAAGGAAAACACUGAGUAUGACUCAGCUGAGCCUCAAUCCACCCCUGCAUGAAACCAACACACAGAACGACAGACUGAGGGGCCCAGCGUAUUCCAAGAAGAAUCAAAGGUCAGUUUGGGUUUCUCUUGAUUUCAUUCCCGGGGACACCUUCUCUCCACCAGCGUCAGAUGGCACGACCCGCUGCAACAAUGCCCUUUUAAAUGAGCAGCGAAAUGAAAUUCAGCAUCAUUAGCGGACUGCAGAAGAGGAAGACUAGCUGGAUAAGGGCUCCAGCAUGACUCUCUCUGAACCUACAUCUCUGCUUCCCCACAACUGGAAUAAAUAUGGUUGGUUGCCGUGUCUUACCAGACAGGGGCUCUUUGUGUGCAGAGAGCAUCCUCGCCUGUCUGAUGCAAAUACCAAACUCGUCGUAUAAUGACCUUUUUUCUCACACUUUCUGCAUGAAUUAUGUUUUAACACUGCUGAUUAUCCAAGAAACAACAAUGACUCUUAAUAUUUAACGAAAAGUGCCAAGGUUGAUGUUCAAAAAGAUCUUUUGGAGAUUUUUUUAUUUGCAGAAGCAGAAAAGAUUUUAAAAAGAAGCGUAUUUAUUUUGUUAUUUUGUACAUUGUGUUCUGGAAGUUAUUGUCAAUGUUGCUGGUUGUUUGGCACAUGUGAGACACCUUCCUGACAAAUGGGAGGAUCACAAGUUUCCCGUGUUGCACAAAAUGUGAUAAAUAGAAGCACGGUAGCCAAAUGCAUGCAGAGGCUGCUUAUAACCUACCUACCUAAUAGGUGGAAGAUUGAUCAAUACACUUAUUCACACUAACCUACUCAUUUAGCUUUUCUGUCACUGUAAUGUCCACUUUUAAUAUCUCUAUUUGCAUGUUACCCCAUGCGUGUGCACACAGUCAUUAUUUUACAUUCACAAAGAAUAACAGGGCAUUGGGUUCCUUCACAUUUCAGUUAUAAUGAGUUCAAAUAAAACUUUGUACUUCAA